ACACAGAGAGGCGUGUACAGUCUUAAACACACACCGUCAACUUAGCCAGAGGCAGCAACGAGACCUUUCAGCCUCGCUGGGUAAAAAAAAACAGCUCUUAGCUUUCAGCUCUGCACAUUGCACACAGGAACAGAUUUCCUAUUCCAUAAACCUGAUAUAUUUAACACUUCAACAUGAAUGGACCAGUAGAUGGUUUACAUGACCACUCAAAGGAAGAUGUUGGAGCUUUCAUGUUCACGUCAGAAUCUGUGGGAGAAGGACAUCCUGACAAAAUCUGUGAUCAGAUAAGUGAUGCUGUUCUAGACGCUCAUCUACGGCAGGACCCUGAUGCUAAGGUUGCCUGUGAGACAGUGUGCAAAACUGGAAUGGUAUUGCUCUGCGGUGAAAUCACAUCCCGAGCUGUUGUAGAUUACCAGAAAGUGGUUCGUGACACCAUCAAAUAUAUUGGAUACGAUGAUUCAGAAAAAGGUUUUGACUAUAAGACAUGCAAUGUGCUUGUAGCUCUAGAACAGCAGUCUCCAGAUAUUGCUCAGGGUGUACAUUUAGAUCGUAUAGAAGAAGAUAUUGGAGCUGGUGAUCAGGGUUUGAUGUUCGGCUAUGCAACAGAUGAAACAAAAGAGUGUAUGCCACUGACUAUUGUCCUUGCCCACAAGCUAAAUUCAAAACUGGCAGAAUUAAGGCGCAAUGGGGAGCUGCCAUGGCUUAGACCAGAUUCCAAAACGCAGGUGACAGUGAAAUAUAUCCAGAAGAAUGGAGCGGUUAUUCCUGUACGUGUUCACACCAUUGUAAUAUCAGUGCAGCACGAUGAAACUAUCUCUCUGAGUGACAUGCAGGAAGCCUUAAAGGAGAAAGUUAUAAAGGCUGUAGUUCCUGACAAGUACCUUAAUGAAAAGACCAUAUACCACCUACAGCCUAGUGGACGUUUCGUCAUUGGUGGCCCUCAGGGUGAUGCAGGAGUCACUGGCCGGAAGAUUAUAGUGGACACAUAUGGAGGAUGGGGGGCUCAUGGUGGUGGAGCAUUUUCAGGGAAAGACUCUACUAAAGUGGAUCGUUCUGCUGCCUAUGCUGCUCGUUGGGUGGCAAAAUCCUUGGUACAUGCCAAGCUCUGUCAUCGCGUCCUUGUUCAGGUGGCUUAUGCAAUCGGUGUGGCCUAUCCAUUAUCUGUUUCUCUAUUCACCUAUGGGACCUCUGAGAAAACUGAGAAGGAACUACUGGACAUUGUCAAUAAAAACUUUGAUCUGAGACCCGGGGUCAUUGUCAGGGAUCUAGACCUGAAGAGGCCUAUAUAUCAGAAUACUGCAUGUUAUGGUCACUUUGGCAGAGAGGAUUUUCCAUGGGAAGUGCCAAAGGAGCUGGUCUUUUAACCAAUGGCAUAGCAACUAACAGGAACAUUCUCAUUCAGGAAUUCCAUAUUGUUAUAUGUACAGAUAAUUGAAUUGGCUGAAAAUAGAAAUAAAUGCAAGUGUGUAGCUCUGGAAGUGAAUAAUUUCACACCAAACCCAACACCUUCUCUACUUCAUAAUUCCUAUUCAGUGUGCCGCUAAAUUAUUUAUUUUUUCUACAUCUGGAUUACAGCAAACCUAAAGUAAUCUAAAUUACUUGACAGAAGGACAAGGGCUUACAGAGCUGGCACCAGACAAUGGCGGAGG